AUGCUACUGCUAGGAGACUUUAAUUUACCAAGUAGUAUUCAACAAACUGAGUGUCACAGGCUGAUUUACGAUGAAUUUGCUGGCUCUAAACUGCCAACAACCUUCAGGCCCCUAUCCUCCUUCCCCGAAUUCACAUCCACCUGGCCCCUGUCCCGCAGCAUCUACGACGACCCCUCCCACGCCGCCGAACGCAUCACCGUCCCAGGAUACCGCUACUUGCCAAUCCACCGCGAAACCUACGGCUACAGCCCCAGGGACCUGUACCCCCACAGAUACGACGGAUUGGACAGAUACAGACCCAGCUUCCACGUGCCAAAGAAAUACCAAAGCGCUCUGUUCGACCACAGCCGCGCCUGGCAAGACCAUUUGGACAGGAUGACCGAAUUGGACGCCCGUUACCCAUCCCGCUACGGCCUUUUGCUCAAGGACCGCGCCUUACCCGUUGGAGUCACCUCCACUGGAAAGAACGCCCCCGAAUCAUUGAAGGGCUUAGAAUACGAACCCGACAACAAGCCACCAUUCGGUGGCCGCCGCAGCCGCUCCCCGACCCGCCGCGAUCGUUCAUCUGUACCCCGUGGCGGUAGUUUACCGCGUGGCGGCAGUUUACCGCCAAAUUCGGGAAGGCGUUUCUCGCCUUUCGACGAUGACUUUUUCGCUCCCGAUGAGGACGACAUCGUCUUCGGCGGCAGUCGGUACGAACGCGGCGUCUCACCCACGCCCGUCAAGACUAGACUUUUGCCGCCGCGGGAAAACGAAAUUGCAUACGACUUAGACGGACGUCCAAUCUGGUCACCAUCUCGUGGUAGAUCCGUGUCACCAUUGCACGAUCUCCUGAACCCCUCAAAGUUUAUGCCAAUGUCAGCAAUUGCCCGUGACCCAUGGUGGUGGGACGCAGUGCCCUCCUGGAAGCCAUAUGACCCCUUUCUAAGAUGGGGCAGAUCACCAUCCUUCGCAAGGGACUCCUAUCUCUCACCUGUAAAGAGAACGUAUUUGUGGAAUAAGCAUCCAGCUCGACCAUUGGAUACAUUGCAAAACGUAAUAGAUGGGCUUCGCGCAAGUCUUUAAUAACAAUUUUUCACUCUAACCGCCCCUCAAAACAUGAUUCAAAUGCUCAAAACUAAUUUUAACCCUAACACGAAUACAAUGUUACAUUAAAUAUCUAUUUUUCCUUUUCAGCCACCGUCCGUUAAACCCCGAAGAUAUUUUGUGAAUGUUAUUUAUGAAAAUUUGUUAUGUAAAUAAAUCGUAACACUUUAUAUUUAAGCACAUGGUAAUAUUUAUAUUAUAAUCAUUUAACUGCCCGCUGAGACUAACGUUAUUUAUUUUAAAAACAUAUAAUUAUAAUGUUAAUUUAUUGAUAUUUAUAUUACAACAGCAUUAUUUAUUAAUUCAUUUAUUUAUAUAAGAUGAAGUCGUUGAUAAAUUGUGAACGAAUUUUGUGAAAAAAACGUGUCUCGAAAACUCCAACAUUAC